GCGCCCGGAAGGCUGAGGACGCUACACCGGAAGUGUCUUAGGGGAGCGGGAGCCGCACCGCCCAGGCCUCACAGUUAUGGGCCGCAACAAGAAGAAGAAGCGAGACGGCGACAACCGGCGGCCGCGGCUCGUUCUCAGCUUCGACGAGGAGAAGCGGCGGGAGUACCUGACAGGCUUCCACAAGCGGAAGGUGGAGCGGAAAAAGGCAGCCAUAGAGGAGAUCAAGCAGCGGCUCAAGAAGGAGCAGAAGAAGCUCCGGGAGGAGCGCCACCAAGAAUACCUGAAAAUGCUGGCAGAGAGAGAGGAGGCACUGGAGGAGGCGGACGAACUGGACCGGCUGGUGACGGCAAAGACAGAGUCAGUGCAGUAUGACCACCCCAACCACACAGUCACCGUGACCACCAUCAGUGACCUGGACCUCUCAGGGGCCCGGCUGCUCGGACUGCCCCCGUCUGAUCAAGGGGCCGGGCCUGGGUCUGAGGAGGAGGUGUCGUCCAUGGAGAAGCCGACCAAAGCCUUACCCAGGAAGUCCAGAGAGCCCCUGCUGUCCCAGCGGAUCUCCUCUCUCACGGCGUCACUGCAUGCACACAACCGCAAAAAGGCCAAGAAGAAACAUCCUCGACGAGCCCAGGACUCCACCAAGAAGCCCCCGAGUGCCACCCGUACCAGCAAGACCCAGCGCCGCCGGCUGACCGGCAAAGCCCGGCACAGCGGAGAGUGAGCCCGAGAACCAGGCCAGGCCCCAGCCUGGGCUGCAAGGAUCUGUCCCACCUCUGCUUGGCUGUCCCCGUAACCCAGCCUGCACUGACACCCAGAAGAAGCGGGCAGCUGAGAACUGGCCUCCCUCAGGAGGAACCUUCUGAGCCACAUUUGGAGCAUCUUCCUAAAUGUAUACCCCACUGGGCCUUCUCAGAUUUUUGAAACUGAGUGCACUGUGGUUUGUCCUUGGCCCCAGUGCCAUGCACCAAGGGUAGGCUGCUGGGGUGGUGGGCAUGGUCAGAGAUUGGGUCCACCCUCACCCUCCAGCGCUUUUCCCUGUGGGUGUGAAGAGGCAGCGUCAGGUCUAGGCCCCCUGACCAGGGGUGCAGACCAGCGUAACCACUGCUGGAAUCCAGAGUCCACCUGCUGCUCUGGAAAGCGGGCAGCUGGGGGGUGAGCAGUGCCAGGCUUGCCCUUUACUAGCUGAGACUUGCAGUCUGUCCCUUCUCCUUGGUCUUCGUCUCCUCAGCUGAAAUUGAAAUGGUGGGAGCAGAUGACUCUUGGAGCAUCCCCCACCCCCAAACAGGCAGCUUCUCAGGCUCCAGGAGUGAAUAACCUUUUUAAAGAAAAUGCAUCUUGUCUGAAAGUGUGGCCCUUUGCGAGCAGACCCCUUGGGAGUCCAGCUGGUGUUCUACAAGGCUUCACACUCCUUCCAGGCCUUCAGACUUGGCCUCCGAGCUGAUGAAAGCCGCCCUUGUUCCUGCUUGUUAGCGACCCCCUCACAUGCUCUGCUGUUCCCCUGACCAAGCAGGUAGAGGAAGCCAGAGCACUGUCUGGAGCAUCGUUGACUCCCCCCUAACCACUUACUGGUGAUUCUGAGCUGGGGCACAGGGGUUUUGUGUUGCAAACACUAGGACUGAAAGGGGAGUGAGAUGUGCUCUCAUCCCCAGUGAAGUUCAUGACUAGUGAGAGAUGGUCACGGUGACAGGAGAGCUGUGAUGGGAGCACAGCUGCAGGGUCUGUGGUCUUGGGAUAUAGGAGACGCCUGGAGGAGAGGGAGUUGAAGUCUGUGGGGCAGGCCUUCCCGCUACUCCUCCCAGGGAAGGCAUUCCAGGAGCAGCUGCACCUCACCAUUGGGCAGGCUCAGGAACAGUGGCUCUGUUAGGCUGCACCUGGGGGUGGGCAGGUGCUUUCCCAUGUCGCCAUCAACACCUCUCUGGUGAUAUCUGAUGCAGUUCUGAAGGCCACACCUGGGCAUGGGAACGCGCAGUUCAGGGCUUCUGGCCAGGAGGCCUCGUGACCGGCUUCUCGGCUCCUUCCACCCGCUCCUCUUGUUGCCUCUGGUUGUCCCCUCCUGUGCUUGGGUCAGGUGACUCAGUCCACGUGGUUGCCUCCGUCCAGGGCAGAGCCUGCUACCAGGCUCAGGGCUGUUCUGGUGCUCAACCCAAGAUAGCGGAAUGUGACCCCAGCCCUCACAGGCCCCGUGAGCAGGAACAGCUAGGCCUGGGGCAUCAGGGGACGGCAGAGUGUGGAUUUGAAUAUGGGCCCUGCCACUUGACCACUGUCUGAGCUCCUCACCCUGCUAACCUCCCUGGGUCUGUUCCCAUGUGUUGGAUGAUAGGAGACACCUACCUCCUAGUGCUGCCCUAAGGCUAAAAUGAGACCUGUGUGUGGACCAGUCCUCAGCACUGUGUUCUCCGAUGCGCCUUCAGUGCAUGUGCAGUUGCUGCUGACUGCUGAGGCAUCUGACCUGGGUCUCUUCCCAUCCCCAGUGACAUGGGGUCAUGUAUAACUUGUACCUACAACGGGUGAAGUUGGUUAGUAUUAUCGCUCUUAUGCGUGCCCCUGGUUCCUCCAGCAGACCCAGGACAUUGAGGCCGUGGCUGUGCUGGUCCUAGUGUCAGCUGUGGUGCAGUCAACCCUCUGGAGAACUGGUCUCCCAGGAGCGCCUCUCGCCAUGCCUACCUUUGGUUCUUUACUCCUGCUGCCCCCCAUCUCCUGGGCCCUGUGGGUUGAGGCCUCUAGCAGCUUUGUCAAGUCAUGAGUCUCUAAAGCGGUCAGUAAAAGCAAGCCUGGCCGCUUUGGAUCACUACUGUGCAAGGUGACCACAGGCUGGAGCCAGCCCUGAUGACCCUUCUAGAGACUCAUGCCUUCCUGUCCCUGCUCCAUUGGGCCACACUCCCCUGCAUCUAUGUUGCCUGCCAAGAACAUGUGAUUCUCCACCAGGCCUGUGGGCAAAGAGAGCUGGGAUGAGCAUUUCCACUUGGCUGAGAGGAAGCUGAGGCUCAGUGGGGUAUAGCGGGAACAGAACCUAUCCAGCUUCCUCAGAUCUCUGAGGAGGGGUGUCCCAGCCACAGGAAAUGGCAUGAGCAAAAGUGGAGAUAAGCAGAAUUCAGAGAAUACAAAGGGGGAUGUGAGGCUGGGACUAAAUGGUGAUGCUUCCUUGGCUGCCACCACUACACCCUUAGCCCUGAGCCAUUCCACAGAGGGGGGCAACCAGGCAGCUCCAGAGCUGGGAAGAGAGCUCAGCACAACCCACCAACCUGCCCCUGACUCUCCUCUCUCCCUUCUUUCCACUCCAACCUCUGCAUCUGUCCUCUCAGCUGAAAACUCUCUUCCCAGGUCCUGCAUGCUCACUGCCCCAUCUUCUCCAGGUCUUCGCUCAAAUGUCACCUUUCUCAGUGCGGCCUUCCCUGACCAUGCCAGCCACGUCCACCCCCUCCCUGCUUCAUUUUUCUCCUUUGUGCUCAUCACCGGCCAGCACACUCCACAUAUUGCUUAUCUAUCUAGUUUGUGGUCUGUUUGUCUCCACUGAAGUAUAAGCAUUACGAAAGCAGGAGAUUUGAUCUUUUGCUCACUGAUAUAUCCUCAGUACACACAACUGACAAAGGUAGGGGCUUCAUAAGUAUUUAAUGAAUUUGUCAGGAGGGCCACUGUGAGUUGGCUUCAAGUUUUACUGAUGGGUGGGAGCUAGAGGGCUGGCAUCAUAUCCGAGCUUCAAACUCAAACUGAGUGCCUACCCCACCGUAGGCUCAGAGAGGUCAAGGAACUUUCUCACAAUCACACAGCCAGGGAGUGCCAGAGCCAGACAUUGAACACAAGUCUCACUAUUCCCUGUUUUGCUUACGGUAAUUGGGACCAAGCAGAAAGCCCAUUAUUCUUGUUAUGAAGCUGUAUCUUCGCCUGUUCCAUCCUGGGCCACAAUGACCUGUUCAGAGGCUGUCUCUCCCACUGGGCAGUGGGCUCCUCGUCUCAGAAUGAGCCACAUUUUGUUCAUGGUACCAUCUCCCCAGUACCCAGCUCAGCAUGCUAGGCCCGUACAUAUGGAUGUCUGGAUUGUGAGGAUGCUCUGUGGACCACGGUAGAGGCAGACAUCCAGGGCUUUAGUCAUGCCUCUGCCACUGUGUGACACUGCAAAGUUAGUUAAUUUCUCUGAUCUUCAGUUGCUAUGAAAUGAAGAUCUUUGUACUUAAUCCUUCACAUUGUUAUGUCUUCAUAACUGUGGAGAUUUGGACCAGUAGCUGCCACAUGGUGCAGAAUAAAACUUAGCCUUUUAAAUGUUUUUAUUAAUUUUAGAGAGAGAGAGGAAGGGGGGGAGAAAGAGAGAGAGAGAGAGAGAGAGAGAGAGAGAGAAACAUCGAUUGGUUGCUUCCUGCAAGCACUCACACCCUACCUGGGAUCAAACUCACAACCUGGACAUGUAUGCUGACUGGGAAGUGAACGGGCGACCUUUCAGACCAACUGAGCCACACUGGCUAGAGCAAAAUGUUAGACUUUUUAUUUUGUUAAAUGUGUUUUAUUGAUUUCAGAGAGGAAGAGAGAGAGAGAUAGCAACAUCAAUGAUGAGAGGAUCAUUGAUAGCUGGGGUGAUCGAGCCCACAACCCGGGACGGGAAUCAAACCCAGGACCCUUCAGUCCCCAGGCUGACGCUUUAUCACUGAGCCAAACCAGGCGGGGUGAAAAUGUUAGACUUUUUAAAAGGUGAGAGCUGUGCAUGUGAGUGAACGUCGCAGUAGUGGAAAUGUGCAAAUAGAGGUUGAAAACCCUUGGGUAUUUAAUUUUAUCCUCACAGGUAAUAUUGCUAGCCCCAUUUUAUAAAUUAGAAAACUGAGGCACAGAGAAGUUAAGACUCUAGCCCAAGGUCUAGGCAGAAACCAGGUUAGCGGACUGUAAGGGCAACGAACCAAAGGGGAAGAUCAGAAGGAGCCAUGGAGGAUGCAGACCUGGUUGCUCAGGCUUAACGUGCAGUGGGUCCCGCGCUCAGAGGCAUCUGGCACCGCCCGCCUCCGCCCCGCCCCUUGUCCUCGGAUUGUCCAAUCGCACAGUCUUCAUGUAAAUAAAGAACCUAGAGAGAGCCUAUGAGAGGGCGGCAGAGGCGUGGUCUUCAUCCUCCUCCCGGGCAAUGUUCUGAUUCAUUGUUAAAAUAAAGAGGCUGUGACCUCCGUGCCCAA